GGGCAGCGGCGCGCGGGGCGGAGGCUUUAUAAUCACUUCGACGCCGCCGCUCGGCUUCUAUCUCGGGGAGGGCGGCUGAGGCGGCGGCAGUCGCCGCGCCGGUUGAGGGGGCGCUGAGGCGGGAGCUGUGGCGGCGCUGGGCGCCCCUCGCUCCUCGGCCUCUGGGGGCCAUGGGCUCUGAGAAGGACUCCGAGUCGCCGCGCUCUACAUCUCUACACGCGGCCGCGCCCGACCCCAAGUGCCGCAGCGGCGGCCGGCGCCGGCGCCUCACCUUCCACGGUGUCUUCUCGGCCUCGGCCCGCGGUCGCCGCGCCCGGGCCAAGCCACAGGCCGAGCCACCGCCCCCGGCCGCGCCGCCGCCGCCCGCCCCGGUCCCGGCCGCGGCCCAGGCCCCGCCGCCCGAGGCGCUGCCCACCGAGCCGGCCGCCGAGGCGGAGGCGGAGGCCGCGGCUACCGCCGGGCCCGGGUUCGACGAUGAGGAGGCGACAGAGGGCGGCGGCCCCGGCCCGGAGGAGGUGGAGUGCCCGCUCUGCCUGGUUCGGCUGCCGCCCGAGCGGGCCCCUCGCCUGCUCAGCUGUCCGCACCGCUCGUGCCGGGACUGCCUCCGCCACUACCUGCGCCUGGAGAUCAGCGAGAGUCGGGUGCCCAUCAGCUGCCCCGAGUGCAGCGAGCGACUCAACCCGCACGACAUCCGCCUGCUGCUCGCCGACCCGCCGCUCAUGCACAAGUACGAGGAGUUCAUGCUGCGCCGCUACCUGGCCUCGGACCCCGACUGCCGCUGGUGCCCGGCCCCGGACUGCGGUUAUGCAGUUAUUGCCUAUGGCUGUGCCAGCUGCCCAAAGCUGACCUGUGAGAGGGAAGGCUGCCAAACGGAGUUCUGCUACCACUGCAAGCAAAUAUGGCAUCCAAAUCAGACAUGCGAUAUGGCCCGGCAGCAGAGGGCGCAGGCUUUGCGAGUGCGGACCAAGCACACUUCAGGUCUCAGUUACGGGCAAGAAUCUGGACCAGCAGAUGACAUCAAGCCAUGCCCACGAUGCAGUGCUUACAUUAUCAAGAUGAAUGAUGGAAGCUGUAAUCAUAUGACCUGUGCAGUGUGUGGCUGUGAAUUCUGUUGGCUUUGUAUGAAAGAGAUUUCAGAUUUGCAUUACCUCAGCCCCUCUGGCUGCACAUUCUGGGGCAAGAAGCCGUGGAGCCGUAAGAAGAAAAUUCUUUGGCAGCUGGGAACACUGAUUGGUGCGCCAGUGGGGAUUUCCCUCAUUGCUGGCAUUGCCAUUCCUGCCAUGGUCAUUGGCAUUCCUGUUUAUGUUGGCAGGAAGAUUCACAGCAGGUAUGAGGGAAGGAAAACCUCCAAACAUAAGAGGAAUUUGGCUAUCACAGGAGGAGUGACUUUGUCAGUCAUUGCAUCCCCAGUUAUCGCUGCAGUUAGUGUGGGUAUUGGCGUCCCCAUUAUGCUGGCUUAUGUCUAUGGGGUUGUGCCCAUUUCUCUCUGUCGUGGAGGUGGCUGUGGAGUUAGCACGGCAAACGGAAAGGGGGUGAAAAUUGAGUUUGAUGAAGAUGAUGGUCCAAUCACAGUGGCCGAUGCCUGGCGAGCCCUCAAGAAUCCCAGCAUUGGGGAAAGCAGCAUUGAAGGUCUGACUAGCGUACUGAGCACCAGCGGAAGUCCUACAGAUGGACUCAGUGUUAUGCAGGGUCCAUACAGCGAGACAGCCAGCUUUGCAGCUCUCUCAGGGGGCACUCUGAGUGGUGGCAUUCUUUCCAGUGGCAAGGGAAAAUACAGCAGGUUAGAAGUCCAAGCCGAUGUCCAAAAGGAAAUUUUCCCCAAAGACACAGCCAGUCUUGGUGCAAUUAGUGACAACGCAAGUACUCGUGCUAUGGCCGGUUCCAUAAUCAGUUCCUACAACCCACAGGACAGAGAAUGCAACAACAUGGAAAUCCAAGUGGACAUUGAAGCCAAACCGAGCCACUAUCAGCUGGUGAGUGGAAGCAGCACGGAGGACUCGCUCCAUGUUCAUGCUCAGAUGGCAGAGAAUGAAGAAGAAGGUAGUGGUCGUGGCGGCAGUGGCAGCAAUGAAGAGGAUCCCUCCUGCAAACACCAAAGCUGUGAACAGAAAGACUGUCUGGCCAGCAAAGCUUGGGACAUCAGCCUGGCCCAGCCCGAGAGCAUCCGAAGUGACCUGGAGAGCUCUGAUACGCAGUCAGACGAUGUGCCAGACAUCACCUCAGAUGAGUGUGGCUCCCCUCGCUCCCAUACGGCAGCCUGCCCCUCGACUCCCAGAGCCCAAGGUGCACCGAGCCCAAGUGCCCAUAUGAACCUCUCUGCCCCAGCCGAGGGGAAGACUGUCUUGAAGCCAGAAGGUGCAGAAGCCGGAGUAUGAAGUGGAAUGAAUGCUCCUGUUCUGAGAAGCACACUUGUUAUGCACCUGCUCCUUGUCUUCCUGGCCUGUGCUUUACCACAAUGAGGAGGAUGAGUCUGGACGACAAUUUGGAAGAUCCUUAUCUCUUGGGCACUGCAGCUAGACUGAGCACAUUUCCCUGCACCUAGGACAGGAAGUGCUCUUAGUGGACUUCGGGUCUCUGGAAGAAAGUGCCCUAGUGUUCUUGUGUGAAAAGGGGACUUGUUGGAAAAAGGGGCAGACAGUCUGGAAAUCUCUGAAAUGCAAAUAAUCAACUCAAGAUUGCAAUUCUCUGAAGCCUCACCAGGACAGCCGUUAACUUGGAUAAAAUCAAAGAAGUCUUUUGGAGGGGCAAGAGUCAGCAGCCAAACCUGUGUUGUUAUCUAGGCUCCGCUUCUUCCCACUGUGAGACUUGGGCAGUGGCCUCUGAGUCUGUUUUCACUUAGCCAACACGGGGAAAACAAUCCUUAACUAUGGGGUUGUAAAGAUUAAGUGAGAUGGUGUACUGAAAUGCUUUUGGUGAAGACCCAUGUUUUUUUCCUCCUGCAGGAAUAAGAGGAAAUAAGUUAAGGGAGAUUAUGGGUGCCAUCUAAGAAAAGCCCGGAACUCUAGACCAGAAGCUAUGAAAAACUAAACUUACUCUAAUCCUUUGCAACACUCCUGUUGUAGAUCCUAGACAUUAGUUGAUGAAAAGGCCCUUCAGCGCCGCCUGGAGGAGAGCAUGAGUAAUGCAUUGGGAAAGUUCUCCCUUUAGAAAAUGGGGAAAGUUUAACUUCCUCUUUGUACAGCAUUCAUUCAUUUUGAAAUGCCUACCGCAUUUCAAGUGUAGAAUACAGCAACGAAGAAAACACAAAAUUAUUGUCCCCGUGGAACUUACACUCUAGUGGGGAAAGACCAUCAGGUCUAUAACCUGGAUGAGGAUUAGUGCACUGAAGAAAGCAAAGCAGGGAGAGGGAAGAGAGAAUGGUAGAUGGUGUUACUUCAGAUGGUAGUAUAGGCCUCCUUGAUAAAAGUAACUUUAUCAGAGUCCUAAGGGGAGUGAGGAAGAACCAAGUGAAUAUCUAGAGGAAGAACAUACCAGGCAUUAGGAAUAGAGUACAAAGGCUCUUUGGUGGAACAUCCUUAGUCUGAUUAAAACACGUGCACACACACACACAGCUUAGAGACCUAUGACAGGGGAUGAGAGUAUGUAGUUUAGCAAAACAGCUCUGAAGACAAGGAAAUUUUAAGUUUCUCUGAGGCCAGGAAGAGAGGUAAUCUUCAAACCAGACAGAUGGGAUGCUUGCAAGUCAACUUUCAAAGGGGCUAAAACUGGGAGAGGGUGUGUCUGGUCACCAGUCCUACUUGGAUGGGCUAAUGUAAAGAAACUCAUGGAUAUGGUACUUAUUCAUUCUGACCCUAAUAUACUUUCUUGUACUCCAGAGCCUGGAAAGCUAAAAACUACAUGUCUUAAACUUUCUUAAACCAAGGUUCUGAAUAUAAUUUAAGUUUUGCCAAUUAAAUGUGCAAACAAGAUGUGGAAGGAAGAAGUGACUGAGGGGUCAUCUUCAGCUAUUUUGAUUUUUUAUUUUGAUUUAUUUUGCUACUGCAAGGAUAUAGAGGCUGUGGGUUUCUCUUCAACAGUAUUCCAAUAUCUGUCCAUAGUUUUGUGAAUGAAGGGCUUCCUGAUCCAUAAAUAACAGUGAUAUGUGUUCUUAUAGUCAGCCUGUGGUGGCCUCCUGAUGCCUCAUCCUUUUUUUUUUUUUUUAAAGAUUUUAUUUAUUCAUUAGA